AUGUUAAAGAAAAACUUUACAACAGUUACAGAGUUUAUUUUCCUAGGAUUGACAGAUCGAGCAGAGCUUCAGCCUGUGCUCUUUGUGGUAUUCCUACUCAUCUACCUCAUCACAGUGACUGGUAACGUGAGCAUGAUCUUCUUAAUCAGAAGUGACAGCAAGCUUCACACACCCAUGUACUUCUUCCUCAGCCAUCUCUCCUUUGUAGAUCUCUGUUAUGCCACCACUGUUGCCCCUCAGAUGUUGGUUAACUUUUUAUCCAAGAGGAAAAACAUUUCUUUUAUUGGCUGCAUCAUUCAAUUCCACUUUUUUAUUGCCCUGGUGAUCACAGACUACUAUAUGCUUGCAGUUAUGGCUUAUGAUCGUUAUGUGGCCAUCUGCAAGCCCUUGUUAUAUACUAGUAAAAUGUCCCGAAGAGUCUGUCUCUCUCUUGUGGCCACACAGUACAUUUACGGCUUUGUAAAUGGUUUAAUACAGACCAUUCUGAUGCUUCGUUUAACCUUUUGUGGACCCAAUGAGAUCAAUCACUUCUACUGUGCAGAUCCACCACUCAUGGUCCUUGCUUGCUCAGACACCUAUGUGAAAAAAACUGCCAUGUUUGUGGUGGCAGGAUCCAACCUCACCUGUUCUCUCACCAUCAUCCUCAUCUCCUAUAUUUUCAUCUUUACAGCCAUUCUGCGGAUCCGUUCUGCAGAGGGGAGGCAGAAGGCCUUCUCUACUUGUGGAUCCCACCUGACUGCUGUUACCAUCUUUUAUGGAACAUUGUUCUGCAUGCACCUGAGGCCCCCCUCUGAGACAUCUGUAGAACAAGGGAAAAUUGUGGCUGUCUUUUAUAUCUUUGUAAGUCCUAUGUUAAACCCAUUCAUCUAUAGUCUGAGGAAUAAAGAUGUGAAAAAUGCAAUAAGGAAAGUGAUCCAGAAAUGA